AUGACUGGUGCAGAAUCUGGUGAGAAUUUCCAAUGUACGAAAUGCGAAAAGUCUCUGGUGGGCCAGCGAUACAUCCUGAAUUCUGAGAAGCCCUACUGCAUCGACUGCUAUGAUGCCAACUUCACCAACACAUGUGCUGCCUGUGGCGAAAGGAUAACCUCAGCUUCUAAGGACCUCUCCUUUCAAGACCGACACUGGCACGAAGCAUGUUUCGUGUGCAUGGAGUGCAAGACCUCGCUGGCCGACCGGCCCUUCGCAACGAAGGAGGAGGCGAUAUUCUGCCCCGAUUGCUUUGACGAGAAGUUCGCGGCGCGAUGCGACGGCUGCGGGAAAACCUUCAAGGCGGCAAUGAGGAAGUACGAGUACAAGGGAGGUGCAUGGCAUGAGGAGUGUUUUCUCUGCGCUGAAUGCCACCAACCUAUUGGUGCCAAGAGCUUCAUCCCCCGUGGCAACGACAUAAUCUGCGUGCAGUGCUAUGAGGACAAGUUCGCGCAGAAGUGUGCCAAGUGCGAGGCGGUAAGAGAGCCAUUAGUGUUCGGUAUCUGCUCCACUUCCUCCCUCAACCAACACAACUUUAGCUGCUCCUCAGUGAAUACUGGGGCAGAUCGUGUCAUAAAUAAGAGCGGUAUCACGUAUAAGGGACAGCCAUGGCAUAAGGAAUGCUUUCUCUGCGCUAAUUGCGGUAGCCAACUUGCAGGCCAGAAAUUCACCUCCAAAGAUGACAAAAUUUACUGCGCUGACUGCUACUCUGAGCUCUUUGCAAAGCGCUGUUCUGCCUGCUCGAAGCCUAUUUCUGGUACGUACUUUUCUGGAAAUGAAAAUUAG